AUGGCCUGGAUCUGUGUCCCCCGUCCUGCCAUCACUCUGCCCAUCUUACUCCCUUCAUCCAGGCCCGGAAUGCUGGGAACACCGAUCCCAGCAGGAUGUGCGCAGGGUGAUGGUGAAGGUAUACUAAUAAGCCCAAUUAACCUUUCAACACCUACUGUGAAAAACAUUUGCAGCUAUACAGAACUUCGUUAUCACAAGAUGAAUAAAGUUGGAGAGAAGCCAAAUGAGUGUUCCAAGUGUCAGAAGAGUUUUCCUGAUAAGUCAAAACUAAAGGUUCAUCUUAGGAUUCAUACAGGAGAAAAACCAUUUAUAUGUCCAGAAUGUGGAGAGUGCUUCUCACAAAGUUCUAAUCUUACUAAUCACCACAAGACUCCCACCGGAGAGAAACCAUUUAAAUUUUCAGAAUGUGGCAAGUGCUUCUCAUAUAGUACAAGUCUUACUAAACACCGGAGGAUUGACACUGGAGAGAAACCAUUUCAAUGUCCAGAAUGUGGAAAGUGUUUCUCUCAGAUGUUUACUCUUACGGAACACCAGAAGGUUCACACAGGAGAUAAACCAUUUGAAUGUUCAGAAUAUGAAUGUGGAAAGUGCUUCUCACAAAGUACAAGUCUUACUGAACACCACAAGACUCACACAGGAGAGAAACCAUUUCACUGUUCAGAAUGUGGAAAGUGCUUCUCACAAAGUUCUAAACUUAAUAUACACCAGAGGAUUCACACGGGAAAGAAACCAUUUAAAUGUUCAGAAUGUGGCAAGUGCUUCUCAAAUAGUACAAGUCUUACUGAACACCACAAGACUCACACAGGAGAGAAACCAUUCCAAUGUUCAGAAUGUGGCAAGUGCUUGUCACGAAGUUCUAAUCUUACUCAACACCAGAGGAUUCACACAGGAGAGAAACCGUGUAUAUGUCCAGAAUGUGGAAAGUGCUUCUCACAAAGUUCUAGUCUUACUGCUCACCACAAGACUCACACCGGAGAAAAACAAUUUAAAUGUUCAGAAUGUGGAAAAUGCUUCUCACAUAGUACAAGUCUUACUAAACACCACAAGACUCACACAGGAGAGAAACCAUUUAAAUGUUCAGAAUGUGGAAAGUGCUUCUCACAUAGUACAAAUCUUACUAAACACCACAAGACUCACACAGGAGAGAAACCAUUUAAAUGUUCAGAAUGUGGAAAGUGCUUCUCACAUAGUACAAAUCUUACUAAACACCACAAGACUCACACAGGAGAGAAACCAUUUAAAUGUUCAGAAUGUGGAAAGUGCUUCUCACAUAGUACAAAUCUUACUAAACACCACAAGACUCACACAGGAGAGAAACCUUUUAAAUGUUCAGAAUGUGAUAAGUGCUUCUCACAAAGUGCCCAUCUUACACAACACCAGAAGACUCACACAGGAGAGAAACCAUUUCACUGUUCAGAAUGUGGAAAGUGCUUUUUACAAAAAGCUACACUUACUAAACACCAGAUGAUUCACACCAGAGAGAAACUACGUAGAGAAUGUGGCAAGGAUUCUUCAUAG